AUGUGAAGCAGCGGUGUGUUGACAUUGUUGAGUCCGGACGAACAACGCUAAAACAAAGAUGUUCGUCUCUGAACUCUCACACCUUAUGCAGAUGUGAUAUAUAUGAGCGUUAAUUUUGGGUGAUAGUUUCAGUAAGUAUAGCGCAUUUUCAUAAUGAAGGAAACUUGACAUAGGAAAUGCAAUAUAAUUUGCAAAGAAAAACAGGUGAAUGAACUUAUGACCCUGAGUGAAUAUCCGGAAGUUGCUUUCACUAGAUGUAAUCCAGAUAAGCUUUCAUUCAUUCAAGAUUUUGCUAUGAACUGACACUUUGUUCACCAGAAACAUUCAACAAUGAGUGGGGGAAAGACAAUCACUCUGAAUGUUAGUUCCAAGGUUGCUGUUGCAGCAGCCCUGGGUGCUGGAGUGGUAGUGGGGGCAGGCACAGCAUAUCUUCUUACCCGCCUAAAUGAGCACACUCGCCUCACACAACAGAUUUCCAGUCUCCAUGCUACCAUAUUAGAGGUGAAGAAGGAUAUUGCUUCAUUGGAGACAGGUCUAACACACAAAGAUAUUCCUUGGGAUGCUGAAGAUUUUGAUAGAGCUUAUGGUCGCACUGAAUUCUCAUCACCCCGAGCUUCUGCAUUCCGAAAGAAGACUGUAAGUUUCAGCAGCACCACUACCUCAGGCAGUUACAAGACAGCCCCUGAGUAUGACACUGACAGCAGCAAGGCCAAUGACACUGACUACUUCUCCCCUGAUGAGGAUGAUGAUGAGUUCUUUGACUUGUCACCAGAGGAAGAGGAAGGGGUAAAUUCUUAUGGAGAAAAUGGUAAGAUUGAAAGUGGACAGCUAUCAUCUUUAUUAGAUGAGGAAGAUCAUUUAUACCAACUCUUCAAGCAGGUAGAUCAAGUGAUUGAUGGCACCGGGGAUGAACAAACACAAGCUUACAAUUUGUUGAAAAAUGAAGAAAAUGAAUAUGCAGACAAUCCAGAGUUCCUGUGGAGGGUAGCAAAAGCAACAAGAAAUAUGGCUGCUAUCCAAGAAAAACUUGGGAAUGAAAAGGACAAGGAAACUUUGAUAUGUGAUGCUUUUGGAUAUGCUGCAAAAGCACUUGAUUUAGAUAAAGAAAAUGCGGAGAUUCACAAGUGGUACGCAAUCCUCGCUGGUGCUCGUGGAGAAUUUUUGGGCAUAAGAGAACGUGUUAAAAGUGGGACCAUCUUCAAAAAACAUAUUGAUCGUGCUCUACAACUUAAAGCUAAAGACUCAACUUUACACCAUCUUCUUGGUCGAUUUUGUUAUGAGGUGUCACAACUAUCAUGGUUAGAAAAACGAGCAGCAACUGCACUGUUUGGUGAAGUACCAUCAUCAACCUACGAAGAAGCCCUCCAUCACUUUACAGCAGCUGAAAUGCUCAGACCAUCGGGUUGGAAAGAAAAUCGCCUUUUUGUGGCUAAGUGCCACAUCCAGUUGAACAAUUACUCAACUGCUGCUUCAUGGUUAGAACGAGCAGCUGUGGCCCCUAUUAUAACACCUGAUGAUGAAAUUGUUCAGAAAGAAGUUUUGGAACUUCAAGAUAAGUACUCAUGAAUAUAUCUUUUCAAAGAGUGGAGUAAAAAUAAUGGACUGCUUACUUAGUUAUUUAUCUAAACUUCAUAUUGUGAUUGGUAGGAAUUAAAGUUAUGAUGUUUAUAGAAGUACAGUAUGUAAUUAUAAAAUACUUGUUGACUUGUUCUACAGUUUUAGAUUCUAUAUCUUUCCAGUUCUUACAAACAAUUACACAAAUUGAGUAUUAGAAAAUCAGACUACGUACAGUACAUGUGCCACACUGCUGGAUUGUUGGAAACUGUAUAAUAUAGGAUAUAGAUAGAGAGCUAGAAAAUUGGAUUAGUUGUUGUGUACAAAUCUUUGUAUUAGAUCAAUCAUGUGAUAUUCUUAGGAAUUAUGAAACUUGAAUUGUAUUACAGAACUUUAAGAAAAUUGUACAGGUUCAUUCUAGUUUGUCAGUACUGUACAGUAGUUAAAGGAUCAUUCAUGUUAUGAUACAGUAAUUAGCUGCUGACAUUAAGGAGUUCGUUCAUGUCCAGAAGUUGACCAUAUCUUAUGAUCUGAUCUUUUCUCUCCUGGUGCUUUAUUAAUGAGAUUAACUUAUAUUUACUGUAUAAUCCAUUUUUUUUUUAUCCAACAUAGUGUUGUGAUGGAAAGGGCAUAAAUAUAUUUGAUUUCUGUUACAGAUAGGUUAUAUAAGCUGGGGCUGACAAACAAAUAGAAAACUCCCUUUUAGUAAAAACUUAUCAGGUAGCAAUCAGAUAUGGGAAUUUAUUGACUAGAUGAUAAGUUAUGAAUUUUGCAUUGUUGAAUACUGUACAAUGCAGUACUGUAUAUCAUUUCAAAUAUUCAGAUGCCCUGUACUACUUUAGUAAAACUACAUACUGUAUAGUAGUUCUCUUCUCUCAAAACUUUGGUCUCACAAGUUGUGAAUAUUUGUACAUUUGUGGCCAACAUUCCCAUAACACUUGGCAGUAUCAGGCCUGUAGUUGUGGGUCAUACAUACGAUUGAUUUUUUCCUGUUGAAAUUUGCCUUUAAUUAUAAAUUAGGUUAGAUGAGCCAUAAAUAAAUUAACAUGUUAAAAUCCUAAUCUCCCUGUCUACAUAUGCUUUCCAUGGAUGCCUUUGUUAAAAGUGUACAAGGAAUUUGGCCCAUAACACUUGCACCUGGAAAGUUUUGUAUGCAAACCAGACAAUAAUUUAACCUGAUAACAAUGUAGUGAGUUUGUUAAAGCUAAAUAGUUUUGGAGGAAACAAUAACUUUCUAUGUGAAAAUAAGAGACAUUGGAGUAGCAUGUUCUUUACUCUGUGACUCAUACUUGAACAUAAAUACUGUGCUGUAGUAAUUACCAGACUUAGAAGUUCAUGAAAACGGUGUGACAUCUUAAAAGGAAGGGACAAUGAUGGCCACAGUAAUUGCUGUGAAAUUCCAAGUCUGAAGCUAGUAGAUUGAUACCAGCCACUCUGUGAACAAGUUCUGGGCAGAUCCCUAUCUUUAGUUGUUUACAUGCCACUACACAUAUUGGGAAAUAGCAUGCUUUUUUAUCAAACUUCUUGAAUGUUGUUUUGCAUUAGAGCAGCAAACCUAACUUUUUUUAUGUAAACUAUAUUGAAUAUUUUGUUGCAGCAUGUUUUACUCACAUUAUGAGGACUUUUCUUGAAAGAAGAAGCACACAGGUACUUGAAGAACAUAAUUUGACUGAAAUGGGUGUGAGAGUAAGUGAAUUGGUUAGGAAUGAAUUUCAACAAUAAAUAUUUAAAUUACUGAGAACUGUAUUUCAGUAAUGCGUACAAUUUGUGAGUAAUCUACAGAUAUAUUUCAAAAGUAAAUGCUGGUGCUACAACUGGCUUAAAUGCAUAUGCUGAAAGAGGUACAAUUUACUUAUCUCUAUAACCAUCAUAAUUAUAAAGCACAUUGUACAGGUCGCUCUCAUUUGUACCGGUGAUUGUGUUUACAUAAAAGGCCAGUACAGUAUACAGUAUAAUCAAAAUCAGUAGUGUACAUGUUCAAUGUACACUGCCCCAUGCCAUACCAUGAACAAAAUAUGUACAAUAUCUUGUAAUAAAAAGAUUAUUAAUGCCAGC